GAUCGACCUCGCAAGAGGCGCAUGGACGCCGGUGGCUCGUCGUCGCGCGUCGCCCGCCUCUCUGCGCGGCAAGAGAUGGAGGAGGUCGACCCAUACAGCCAGAGCAACCAGUGGAUCGAGGCCGCCGAGUACCACCGACUCUCGCAGCUCGUGGCCGCCGAGAAGGAGGCCGAGGCCCGCGCCGCCCACGCAGUCCCCGCCUUUGUGCACACCAAGCAGACGUGGCAGACGCCGCUGCACGUGCCAAUGCCGAAGCGCAAGGUGGCGCAGAUGGCGCUGCCCGAGGGGCUCAAGCCAAUGGCGCCGCCCAGCAACAACGGCGCGCGCCCGAGCCAGCGGACGCGCCGGCUCCAGGAGCACGGCCAGACCAUCGAGCAGCGUGCAAGCUUGGAGAAGCUCAAGGACGACAACCAGGAGCUGUAUGCCAAGCUCGUUGCGCGCUUCCGUCCGCGGACGCCGGCGGCCGGGAGCCCCGUCAAGGUCGGCAGCCUCGCGUCCGUGCACUGUAUCGAAGACGCGGUCUUGUACUUCCUCUGCGAGAAGCACCGGCGCAACGUACUUUACUUUUCGGCCGCGGACCCGGCGCGCGGCCGCCCGUACGACUUGACGCCGGCGACGUCGGGGAAAGGCGAGCAUUACGUCCUGUCGUCCAAGCACGUCGUGCAUGUCAAGCCGCGAGAGCCCGCCGAGUGCAUCCCGAUCGCCGAGUGGGUGUACCACAGUCGGAUGUUUGACCACUUGCUCCGGAGCAUCCCGCUCUUCCAGCAACUCCUUCGGCGCCGCAUGUUCAUGUACUGGCAACAUUACGUCCGGCAGCGCAUUUACCGCCGCACGCGGGCGAAUCUGCUUGCACAGCUGCAUUGCGGCCGACCGAUGUAUGCGUUAGCGCUGCGCGAGAUCCAAUCGCUGAGCCACUGCAUCCAGUCGCAGCGCGCGCUCUGUCUUGACGCGACCAAGCCGUCCAUGUCGCUGGCCGAGUGGCGCAGCGCGCAAGCAGCCCAGUUCAAGGAGCUCGAGGCGCAGCUUGUGGACGCGCGCGCAGGUGCCCACCACGCCUUGGUGGACCUCGUCGCGGCCAUUCAAAGCGCGUUGACACCCGACACGACGCUCGCCGCGCUGAAUGCAGCCGAUAUGUUUGAGAUGCGCCAGGCGUAUCCCGGCUGGAAGUCGAUUCCGAUGGCCCAUCUGAAGGCCGUGACGAGGGACCAGGCGCGCCAAGUGCAGCAAGCGCAGAAAGACUUGGCUGCCUUUCCAGCCUUCCUGCGGCUCACGCAGUACAUCUUUGUGCAGUCGCUCUACGCCAUGGUCAUGGCGUCGGUGACGCAGGUGGCGGCGCAGCUCUCGCAAGAAGUGCCCCGAUCGCUGACGGUGGCCGUGAGCUUUCUCCAAGACGCGCGCGUACGCUUGACGCCAAGCGACGCGGACGUCCUUCGGUUCCUUCGCAGCGCCAUCGAGUCGCUCACGACGCUCUCGAGUGGCUUUGCUUCGAGCCGUAGCGCGGCCGUGUACUUGAAGAGUGACGAAGUCGUCGGUCCGUCGUCGCCGCCGCCGCGACUGCAUGAUGCUCUUCACGCGAGCGCUGCAUUUCCCGCCCUUGUCGUCGCGCUGGAAAGCAGUGUGCGUGCCACGUUUGCGCGCGUCUCGCAGCAAGUCGAACAGUUCAACGGCCUCCGGCCCAUCUACACAGCGAUGCUGGCGCUCACACUGCCGACAAUCGACGAGGCAACGUACUUGGCACAGCUACCGACGCUCGUGUCGGCCAUCUCGACCCAGGUCAUGCAGCUCGAUGCGUGGCAGGGCCAGUGCCAUCGCAUUCAGGCGAGUUGGGACGUCGGGUUUGUCGACGUGCACUGCCGGCACGUGCUCAGCGAAGUGCUCGAGCGCAUUACGGCGCAGCGCACGCAAGCCCUCGACGUGCUUGGCGACGUGACGAGCCGGGGCGUGAUGCACUGCGUGACGCACCUCAAAGACGCGAUCACGCGGCUCGUGCUGGACGCCGAGAUGACGCUCGUCAGCGAGAUGCGACAAGUCGAUGACGCGUUUGGUCGGCUCAAGUCGCUCGCGCCGCCCAUGGCCGCGGCGCUGCAGAGCGCGUACAACAGCAUCCACGCCACGUACGCCAAGUACAAUGUGAGCUUGCAAGCCAACCUCAAGUUUACGAAAUCGAUGCUGCCGCAAAUCGCAAAGCAAAUCGUCACCUUGCUCCAGCGCUACGCGGUGCAGUGCAAGAAACUCUCGGUCGCGCUCCAAGCCAACGGAACCUAUCUGCACAGUCCUUCCAGCAACGUUGACUUUGACGCCAAGCACGCGACGUUGCGAGACAUCAAGGCUGAGCUCGACAAGAUCACAGAAGCCUCAGACCAGUACAACGACUACCAAAGCGUCAUGGGGAUGAAAGUGACGCCAGUCGCGCUUCUUGAAGCGACAAAGAGUCUCUAUGCGGAAGUGCACGAGGUGUGGGACCUUAGCCAUGCGUGGAAGCAAGCGUAUGCAGGCAUGCUCCAGGCCAAAUUUGUGUCCCAGCCGUGGGCAAGUCAUGUUGAGACGACCCGCGCCUUUCUGGAGCGAGCCCACCAGGUGCACUGCCGUUUUGAGAACCGGAUUUUCGCUAGCGUCCAAGCUGAGAUGGCGACCGUGCUCGCGCAGUUGCCGCUGCUCGUCGAGCUUGGCGCUGACUACAUGAAAGAGUCGCAUUGGACCCAAAUCUUCAAGGUUCUCGGCACGACGCCGCUCCAUGUGCCGAGCAUGACGCUCCAGCAGCUCGAUGACGCGCUCGUUUGGCGCCACGCCGAAAAACUGUCGCAGAUUGCGUAUCACGCGCGCAUUGACGCCGAGACCGAGGCGACGCUGGCGGCCAUGAAGGCGCGCUGGGCCGUCACCGAGCUGCCGUGCGCGGACGCGGAGCUCGACUCGCUCGUCGUUGGCGACCUCUUGCUGGCCUUGGACGACGACCUCGUACAAGUACAGGCGCUAUUGCAGCGCACGUCGCAGCCGUCGCUCUACACUUCGCUCUCGGUGUGGAGCGACGAGAUCAACUACAUUCAAGACACACUGGAGCUCUGGCUCUCAACGCAGACCGACUGGCUGCAGCUCGAUCGCCUCUUUGCGCUGCCCGACGUCCAGGCGAAUGUUCGCCACGCGAACGUCGAGUUUCAAGCCGUGAGUCGCAAGUGGCGCGGCAUGAUGAAAGGCGUCCGGUCGACAACGUCGCUCCAGCAGUGCGUGCGCGAAGUCACGAACCGUGCGUUUCUGAGCGAGACCAAGCAGCUCUUUGAGCGGCUUUGGAAGCAGCUCGCGAACUUUUUACAAGACAAACGACGCGCGUUUCCGCGGCUCAACUUUGUCUCAGACCGGCAACUGCUGGCGAUCAUGGCGGCGACGACCGAGAGCCUUCGGGAUCCGAGCGACGGGCACUGCCGCCACGUGAGCACCGUGCUUCGCAUCUGCUUUGAGCACAUACUGGAGGCAACGGUCAAAGUGCGGGCGACCCCCAAUCAGAGCCUGCUCGGCAGUACAUUGAGCGCCGACGAUUUCCCGACCGGCCUCACGCCCGUGGCCUCCGUGGGCUCUCUGGAUAUACCCGAGAUCGAGCGCAACACCACAGACAUUGUCUGCGUCGGCGGCAAGUACAACGAGGUGUUGACGCUCGAGAGCCCGAUCACCGUGACGCAGCGACCCGAACUCUGGAUGCAGGAUUUGCUAAAAGCACUGCAUCAGUCGCUCCGGGACUGUGUCCGCGACGUCGCAUCCGACGACGCGACGAACGCUGUGCUGCAGCUGUACAUUGACGGCGACAACCGUGCCGACAUGACGCGCGCGAUCAAGCGCAUGGAGCACGUCGUGGCCAAGUACCCGCUGCAAGUGCUUUUGCUGGCCUUUCGCAUCUACUUUACCGGCGACUGCAGCCAAGUGGUCGCGGGGCACGCUGCGUAUACGAUGGUGCGCCAGCAACAACUCUGCCGCGCGAACGAAUGGGUCGCAGCGCUCAAGGCUGCGACGACGGACAAGCAGCGGCACGCGUGCAGCACCCUGGCGCUGUGCUGCUUCAACCACGCCGAGCUCCUCGGCCGGCUGCACGCCACGCCCCACGCAGCGUUCGAGUGGAGUCAGCAGCGCCAGUACCGCUGGGGCCACGAGAGCCAGACCGUGCUCGUCACCCACGGCCUCAAAACCUAUGAAUACGGCUUCGAGUACCUCGGCCCGCACGCAACGAUUGCGCUCACGCCGCUCACGGAGCGCAUCAUGUGGAGCGUCUCGAUGGCGUUUCGAUUGCACGCCGGUGGCCUAGUGCACGGUGAGACAGGCGUGAGCAAGCAAGUGGCGAUCCGGGAGCUUGUCGCGAGCUUGGGGUCGCUCCUCAUCACGUACGACUGCUCGAUCCAGCUCUCCGAGACGCAGUUCCAUCGCGUUUUGAGCGGCCUCAUGCCGUGCCAAGCCUACGCGCUCAUCGUGGGUCUCGGCGCUGUCGACGACGCGUCCGCGAUCGGUCGUUUCCUGCACGAGCUACGGCGGCUUCAGCACGCCCUCAAGACGCACAAGGACAAGAUUCUAAUGGAGUCGUCGCACGUGCCGCUGCAUGCGCACGACCGGUCGAGUGUCAACUUUGGCAUUGUGUGCAAACUGACGCUGUCGACGCCGGUCAUCUCGCCGCUCGUGGAGCGCUGCGCCCGCGCCUUUCUCCCGAUUGCGGCGUCGUUUGAGAUGUUGGACGCGCUACUAGUGGCGCGGCUUUGCUUGUCCGCCGCAGGAUUCCUCCACGCCGAGUCGCUGGCGACGCGACUGCAUGCGUUCCUCUUGACGAGUGAAGCGGUCGCGGGCGGGGACCGCGUUACCGUGCGCACCAUCAAGAAGAUCGUUGACCUCGCCAAAGCGUAUGGCGGCGAAAACAUCGACGAAGGGCAUGCCGUCGCGUGGGCCAUCCAGCGGGCGAUGGGAGCCCGCGUCGCGCCGAGCUUGCAGCGAGCGUUUCUGCAGCAGCUGCGCGAGCGCUUCCCGACCUACCGCGACGUUGAGCUCGACAUUACAAAGACACAAGCACGCAUUCAAGACGCCAUUGCGGCCGCGCACUUGGUGCUGACACCCGUUCUGAGCCGAAAAGUGCACGAGCUCCACCAUCUCUGCGGCCACCACGCUGUGAAUAUCAUCACGGGCGCCGUCGGCACGGGCAAGUCGACGAUCGUGCAUGUGUUGUCGACCGUCCGCCGCACAUAUGGCGAGUCCGCGCCAUGGGACCGCGCGCGCUGCUACCGCAUCACGUCGGCCACGCUGCGCACGACCGAGUUUUAUGGCCAUUUUGCGCCCGAGACCAACGAGUGGGUUGACGGCAUUCGCGAUGCCGUGGCUCGCUUUGAUGGCGACGUCGCAGACGCGUGCAUGGAGCCGCUGUACGCCAUCUCGGACGAGACGCCGCACGUGCACCUCCCGAACGGCGAGCGCCUCGACACGUCAUAUAUCAAGCUCUUUUUCGAAGCCUCCACGCUCGAGCGCUGGUCACCCGCGGCGCUCAACCGGUUUGGCGUCCUCACUGUCCCGAGCGACGCCGUGCCGUACACCGUCUAUAUCAAGGCAUGGCUUUUGCGCCAGAGCUUGCCGCCGUCGUCGUCGCGCCACGUGGACGCGGCCAAGGGCUGUGCCCAGCUGCUGCGGUCGCACCUCCCGUCGCUCUUGCAGGUGGGCCGCGAGUAUUGGCAAGCCCACGUCCCAUUCCAUGCGCCGACGCUCGUGCAGAAGCUGCUCGAGAUCGUCGACAGCUUCUUCCACGACGCGCCUACGAUCGCCAAGGACGUUGUGCUCAUCUACCUCGUUGCGUGCGCAUGGAGCAUUGGCGCCUACAUUGACGAAGACGCCCGAGCUCUCUUCCACGACGUACGGCGUUCGAUUCGAUGGCACUUCGCGCCCGAGCUCGCGCGCCACCGCCUCUUUGCGUCCGGACGCACGAUCUUUGACGUGUACCUGGAAAACGACAAGGGCAAAGUGGCGCUCGUGACGUGGCAGAGCCAGAUGCCGCGCAUGGACUGGGCCAGCUUGGUCCACCACCGUUUCGUGUUUGUACCCAACGAAGCGACGCUGCGCACCGAGCACUUGGUCGAAUUCUUUGCCUCGACGCGGCGACACGCGCUGCUGCUUGGUGCCCACGGCGUCGGCAAGUCGGCGUCGGCCCAACGGUCCCUUUGGCAACUUGGGAAGCGCGGCUGCGUCGAACGGGUCGUCGUCGACUUGGAGCGCAAGAUGAAAGGGCUCUACGGACCGACGACGGGCAAGACGGCCAUGGUGUACCUCGUCGAGGAUCUGCACUUGGGCUCGUCGACGAGCCACGAGCAGCUGAGACAAGUGCUCGACACGAGUAGCGUGUACGACCGCCGGACGUUUGAUGUGAUGCAGCUCCAGCACUGCGCGUUCCUGGCGCUGCUGUCCGUACCGACGACGACGUCGCUCUCGUUGCGUCUUCUUCGGCAUUUUCACGUGGUCUGGCAGCCGCACGUGCCGCCGCGAUCGCUGCACGCCGUCUUUCGACCGCUCGCGACGUACAUGGCCGAGCACUUUAGUACCAAGUACACGGCCGAGAUGGCGUGGCAGGCCCUCCAGCUGCCGCUGCAGGUGCUCGAGCUCUUGGUGCAGGAACCUCGCGACGCGUCGUUUGCGCGCUUCUCGCUCGGCGACCUCGUGCUUGUCUACUCGCACGUCCUCCGCGCGAACCAAGCGAAUUUGGACGCCAAGUGCCAUCUCGAGAGCCUCGUGUUCAACGUAACGAGCGUCGUCUUCGGCAGUCGCUGCACGCGCGGCGACGCCAUCUUCUUUAAGAAACUGGUGCCGUCGGUCGCCACGACGCUCGACUACGACGCUGUGAGCUACGUCGAACGACCUCUGUACGGCGACAAGACGGACGGACUCGGGUACAUUCCGCUCACAUCGCGGGAAGCGAUCGGUCUCUUCAUCAAAGGCCAUGAGAAAUUUCAGUGGCACCACCCGGCGUUCCAGAGCCCGCUCGUCCAGCACCUUGCGCCGUUUCCAGAGGCGAUUGAUGCGAUGUUGGCGAUGUUGUUUGCGCUGGGGGAUCUGCGCCAACACCUCCUCCUACUUGGGCCGCGUGGCGUCGGCAAGCGCACGUCGCUCGUCGUCGUCUGUGGUAUCCUCUCGUACAACUAUGUUGAGAUUCGCCGCGGCCAUGACGUCGAGGCGCGCCUUCGCGAGGUGCUUGUGCAGGUGGGCACCCAUGGCAAGCACACCGUGCUCUACAUCGCCAUCGACGAGCUCGACGCCGCCAGCACCCGGCUCGUGCUGAACCUUGUUCGCGACGGCGAUGUACCCUUGGAGGUCUACUCGACCGAGAACAUGGACGCGAUCGCCGACGGCAUGGCGCAGCUGCCGUCGCUCGCCAACACCAAUCCGAGCAGAGCGCAGUGCUUGUCGCUCUACCGCGCGCAUUUGGCCACGUACUUGCACGUCGCGGUCGCCACACGGACCGAAGCACGCCUGGCGACGCUCUUGGCGCAGACAAGUGGGCUCCUCGACGCGUGUACACUGCGGGUGUUUUCGCCGUGGUCGGCGUUGGCGUUUGGCGCAAUCUACGAAUCCAUGAACGUCUUGCCAACGCUGCAGCCGGUCGUGUGGGCCAUCCACGCAGCGUACUUGGAGCUCCGGCCAGGAUCCAGUGCCUCGCGCAAUCCCGCGAGUCAGUUUAAACAGUUUGUGCUCGGCCUCGCGUCGUACCACGUCGAGCGCACCAAGGCGAUUCACGACACGCGCGCCUCGUACAGCCACGGUCCGACUUGA